UUCCUUUUGUGAUCUAUAAUGAGUAAUGAUCCAAACACUGCUGCGCAGGUGGUGUUGGUUCACAUAGAGCCUGUUCCCGACCAGCCUCCCAAAGAGGUUCCCGGCUCCAGCCGCUAUAUCGUGGUCAAAGAAACAGAGGUAGUGCACAUCACACGACAGCAGCUCCACUUUGUGGACCAGGAGUCACCUGACAGUGAGCUGACCUACACCGUAACCACGCCGCCUUUCAACGUCGGUCCGCACAGCUCUCCUGAUGCGGGCAGGCUGUUCCUGGUGGACAGCAUUCCGAAAUUCACCAAGGACUCGAACGCACCAGUACUGAGGCUAUUCACACAGGUAGCGCUUUGGGAUUUGAAUAUGUUAAACCUUCUCUAAAUGUAUUUCCCCUUUAUGUAUAUAAUUAGGUAAGUCAGU